UUAAUCUUUUGUAUUUGUGUCUGUAAGACGAGAGUCUUUACAUUUUGUUUUGAAACAUCUACUUGGCCUUUAUUUAAGCAACGCAGAAAAUGGGUGCCAUGGCUGUUAUAGAAAGUUUGAUGGAGGCAGCAACUAUUCGCCGCCCAAAGAAACUUAAGCAAUUUCAGACGGUUGAGUUGAGAGUCCGUAUGGACUGCGAGGGGUGCGAAAGAAAAGUGAGGAAGUCACUAGAAAAUAUGAAAGGCCUGAGAUCGUUGGAAGUGGAUAGAAAGCAAUUAAAAGUGACAGUGACGGGGUACGUGGAGGCGAACAAGGUGUUGAAGAGGGUGAGGAGGAGGACGGGGAAAAAAGCAGAGAUGUGGCCAUACAAGCCCUACAAUCUGGUUUACUAUCCAUAUGCUGCUCAAGUGUACGAUAAAAAGGCUCCUGCCGGUUAUGUAAGAAACGUGGACCCCACCUUCCCCAAUCCGGAGAGAACUGAUGAAAGAUACACCUCUGUCUUCAGCGACGACAAUCCAAACGCUUGUUCAAUUAUGUAGACUUUGAUGCUCUGCUUUCUUUUGUACAUAACAAGUAUUACUGCUCCAAUUCAAUUCAUUCAUUAUUUUCAGUCUGCUACUCUGUUCCUCUAUUAUAAGAGGCGAGUAAGUCUGCUACUCUGUUCCUCCUCUAUUAUAACAGGGGAGAAAACUGUUAGUGUAGGGAUGAUGUACAUACAGUGUGCAGUUAUAAAGAAAUAUAAUUUUUUGAAAAUAAGUAAGAUGGGUUUGUUUCUUGCGGAGGAGCUAAGCCCUAAGAAACAGACGAAUAGUGAGUAAAAAGGAGAGAAGAAAGUGGCAAGCGACUCUGGGAAGUUCAGUAAAGUCUGAUGUCCUUUGCUGCAGUAGAGUUUGCUAUUGUAUAUGCAAGAUGUAAAGUCAUGAAAAAUUGUAUAUUUCACACAAUGUUUUUGAAACAUAUCUGAACUCUGUAAUAGUGGAAAAAAAUAUGUCUUGUUAACAAUAGAUUAUGUUACACUUUGUAAUCAAAGAGUGAAAACACUUUCCUAGGAUUUGCUAUU